AUGAACGCCAUUCGCUCUCUCCCCCUCAUCAACCGCCCCUCCCGCUCGAGCUCGCCCGCUCCGACCCACGUCACGGCCCAGGGAUUGACCAUGCUGCCUCCCGCGGUUCCCGACCGCAAGGUCGCCGCCAUGGCCAACCUGCCCGGCAUGCCUUCGGGCGCUGGCACCCCGGGCUCUGCGACUCCUCGCUCCAGCUCAGCCGGCAAGAGGGGCCCGAGCCCUCCUUCCAGCCGCGGCGGAACGCCUCGCACGAGCAGCAGCCCUCUGCCUGGCGCUGGGUCCGAGACGCCUCAGGGCGGUUACAUGGACAUCAUCGGCAUGCGCCUCAACGAGACUGUCAACAAGGCUUGCGCUGGCGUCGACUUCAAGACGAAGAAGGGCUUCAAGAAAGGAGCCGGCUGGUCCAUUGGCGAGUGCAUCGCUCAUGAGCUGCCCGCCCCGCCCGCCGACACCUACCUUCUUCGCGCCAUCCUGCGCACGGCUGUUCGCUCGCUGUCCAUCUAUGUUUCACGCCUUGACUCGCUCCUCCUGCCCGCCCUGUCUGACCCCCAGUGGGCUGCGCCCCUGAACCUGACGCCUUCUGCGACUCAGUCCCCGCUCAACUCGGCCCAGGCCUUCGCCGUCACCGUCGCCCAGGCCGCCUGGGAGACGUGCGAGAAGCUGGAGCAGAUGCUCGAGACGGUCGACUACCCCCGCUUCGUCGAGGACACGCUGCGCCCUACCAUGGACAAGUUUGACCUCGUCGUCGGCAAGGUCGUCCGGCCUCUUCUCUCUUCGCUCAAGGGCGAGCUCGAGGGCAGCCUCAGCAAGACCUCGGGCGUCGCUCCCAAGACCCCUGCCGGUCCGGCGACUGUCCCCGCCGUCUCGGUUGACCACCACGUGCCGGUCACCCGGGAGAAGAGCAAUCAGGGCAUGCCGCGGGUCGUGAAGGAGACUUCGAGCGGCGGCACCACGCGCGUGCUUCAGAUUCCUGCUUGCCUGCAGCAGUUUGCGAGCCGCGUCGAUGGUGCGCGCAAGGCGUUUGAGAUCAUUGCUGGACCCUGCAGCCACGAUGGAGAGGGCUGGGUCGCCAAGGUUGUUGUUGCCGUUGUGUGGCGUGGCAUGCGCCUGAUCAGCGACAGUGACACGUUCCACCUCGGCCUGAACCGUGUCCCUUCGGCUGGCAACGUCAACAAGGCGCUGCACGCCCUGGGCAAGGAGACGACUCCCACUGUCGUCGCCCCGCCUUCGCUGGCCAAGAUCACCAACAUCCUCCCCUCGCGCAGCGCGUCGCGCCCUGCGUCGCCUCCGCGUCAGGCUGACCCUGCCACCCACGCCCUCAUGUCGUUUGAGGGCCUCGUCAAGCGCCUCGUCACUGGCCUCGUCCAGCCUCCCACGGCUGCGCCGACCGCUACCGACUCGGCCGACCAGGAGGCUGAGUACAUUGCGCGCGAGGCUCUGUCCGAGGCGUGCGAGGCUCUUCGCAGCGCCUGCAUUGCUUCGGCUGCGCUGCAUGGGGACAACGGGGCGACCCGGAUCCUGAACAGCGUGCGCCGCCUGCGCGACGACAUUGAUGAGGUCACGGAGGAGAAGCUCGACGACGCGCUCGAGGACCUGCCGUCGGUCACCCUGUUCGGGAUGAUCCGGCGCCGUGCCAACGCGGCGCUCGCGUCGCUCCCGACCGAGAAGGCGCUGCAGGUCCGCGCGCCCGCCGAGCUGUGGAACUGGGCCCCUGGAGAGUACGAGGCCAAGGUUGUGUCUGGCUUCGGCCCCGCUGAGGAGUGGGGACCCCGCGUCGCCCGGGCUCUCAAGCCCGAGGUCGAGCGCGUGCUCGCGCUGCUGGCGAAGCACGAUGGUCCCACGCUCGAUGCAGUCGACUGGGUUCGCGCCCUAGGUGUUGCCCUUGACGCGCGUACCGGCGUCAAGGUCAACGGUGUCGCCUAG